AUGACUUCCUUAAAACAAUUCAUUCGCAAUGUUCGGGCCUCAAAGACCAUCGCCGACGAGCGCGCCGUCGUACAGAAGGAGAGUGCCGCGAUCCGGGCUAGUUUCCGUGAAGAGAGCGGAGACUCGAACGUUAGGCGUAAUAAUGUUGCCAAACUACUCUACCUUUUCACUCUGGGGGAAAGAACGCACUUCGGUCAGAUAGAAUGCCUCAAACUCCUGGCUUCACCGCGAUUCGCAGACAAGAGACUGGGAUAUUUGGGUACCAUGCUCCUGCUGGAUGAGAAUCAAGAAGUCCUCACCCUGGUCACGAAUUCACUAAAGAAUGACCUGGGCCAUUCCAACCAGUAUGUGGUUGGCCUGGCUCUUUGUACACUAGGCAACAUUGCCUCGAUAGAGAUGUCCCGAGAUCUCUUCCCUGAAGUCGAAAACCUCAUCUCUACCGCCAAUCCAUAUAUCCGUCGAAAGGCUGCCCUGUGUGCCAUGCGCAUCUGCCGGAAAGUCCCAGACCUGCAAGAGCAUUUCAUGGAGAAAGCCAAGUUGUUACUACAGGACAGAAAUCACGGAGUACUCCUAUGUGGAUUGACCUUCAUUACCAGCAUGUGUGAAGCAGACGAAGCGGAAGACAAUGAGGAAGGUAUUGUUGACAUGUUUCGACCAGUGGUUCCUCAUCUGGUCCGCACCUUGAAGAGUCUCACCAGCUCAGGAUAUACUCCCGAGCAUGACGUGUCCGGCAUUACAGAUCCUUUCCUCCAGGUCAAGAUCCUUAGGCUAUUCAGAGUCCUCGGCAGGGGAGAUUCUGCAGUCAGUGAACAAAUCAACGACAUAUUAGCACAGGUGGCCACCAAUACAGAAUCUACCAAGAAUGUGGGCAACUCGAUCUUGUAUGAGGCAGUCCUCACCAUUCUCGAUAUCGAGGCGGAUUCUGGGCUACGCGUACUGGGUGUGAACAUUCUUGGUAAAUUCUUGGCCAACAAGGAUAACAACAUUCGAUAUGUGGCAUUGAACACACUCGUCAAAGUCGUUGCCAUCGAACCAAAUGCUGUACAAAGACAUCGAAACACGAUUCUCGAAUGUUUGCGAGAUCCCGAUAUUUCAAUCCGUCGACGAGCGCUCGACCUGAGUUUUACGCUUAUCCGAGAAGACAACGUCCGGGUCCUCAUCCGAGAAUUGCUAGCUUUCUUGGAAGUUGCAGAUAACGAAUUCAAAUCGGUCAUGACAACACAAAUCGGAAUUGCGGCAGAUAGAUAUGCACCCAACAAGAGGUGGCAUAUUGAUACCAUGUUGAGAGUCAUCAAACUGGCUGGCAACUACGUCAAAGAGCAAAUUCUGUCAUCCUUUGUGCGUCUUAUUGCAACAUCUCCCGACCAACAAACCUACUCGGUCCAAAAGCUGUACGCAGCUCUAAAAGCCGACAUCACCCAAGAAGCCCUCACAUUAGCCGGGGUUUGGGUGAUUGGAGAGUAUGGCGACGCCCUAAUUCGUGGCGGUUCUUACGAGGAGGAAGAACUCGUCAAAGAAGUCAAAGAAAGCGACAUCGUUGAUUUGUACACCACAAUACUGAACUCAACUUAUGCGAAUCAAAUUGUCACAGAGUUCAUCAUUACUUCUGCUAUGAAACUGUCUACACGGCUGUCCGAUCAAUCCCAAGUGGAGAGGAUUAGACGGCUGAUGCAGUCCAGAGCCUCAGACUUGAGUGUUGAAAUUCAACAACGAGCUGUAGAAUAUGGGAACCUUUUCACCUACGACUCGAUACGGCGAGGCGUCCUGGAAAGAAUGCCACCACCAGAGAUCAAAGAGGAGCAACGAGUCUUGGGUCAAGCAACCACGCCAGCCAAGGAUAAGAAGAAGGCACUAAAAGCCAAGUCGAGAGCAUCGGUCGCCAAGAAUACAGAAUCGGACAUGCUUCUUGACCUCAUGGGCGGUUCCGAUGUUCCAGCUAUCGAUGCCAGUGCAACAUUAAAUGGCCGGCAGCAAACAGCAGACCUUCUGGCAGAUAUUCUUGGGGGUGGAAGCUCAGUUUCAAGUCCUCCACCCCAAGCCAAGAGUCCCGCGCCCACGUCAAACACAGAUUCUAUCAUGGAUCUCUUUGGUAAUGGCGGUGCCAAGUCGAGUAGUCCAGCCCCUGCUUCUGGUCCUCAAGCUCAUGGUGCGUAUAAUAAGAAUGGUCUAGCUGUGACAAUCCAGGUUUCGAGAAGUACUGCGGGUGCUCAAGUGUUGUCUCGAUUCAAGAACACAACUGCCUUUGAGCAAUUUAGUGGUGUUGGUUUACAGGCAGCUGUUCCGAAAAGUCAAAAAUUGACCUUACAGGCCAUCAAUAAAAGUACCCUGGAGGGUGGUGAGGAAGCAACUCAGGGUAUGCGCAUUGUCGCAGCAACAGGGGCACUUCCCGCCAAACUCCGAUUGAGACUCAAGAUCUCAUAUUCAAAAGCUGGUGGAGCGAUGGUGACAGAUCAAGUCGAUUGGACUGAACCUUGA